AUGUCGCCGUACGCAAAAAACUCAAGGGGCGGUGCGCGCAGACGCGGUUCGGCGGCGGCGCAGGCGGGGCGGGCGGCGCCGGGGCGGCGGGCGGGCGGGGCGGGUGGCGCGGGCGGGGCGGGCGGGCGGCGCGCCGGCUCGGGCGCCGCGCCCGCCGCCUACUCCGCCAUGGACGUGGACGGCGAGACCGACUCCAACCACGACACCGCGCUCACGCUGGCCUGCGCCGGCGGACACGAGGACCUCGUCGAGCUGCUGCUCUCGCGCGGCGCGGACAUCGAGCACCGCGACAAGAAGGGAUUCACACCUCUCAUCCUGGCGGCGACGGCGGGCCACGAGAAAAUCGUGGAGAUUCUGCUGAACCACGGCGCCGACAUCGAGGCGCAGUCCGAGCGCACCAAGGACACGCCGCUGUCGCUCGCCUGCAGCGGCGGCCGCUACGAGGUCGUCGAGCUCAUCCUCAGCCGCGGCGCCAACAAGGAACAUCGAAAUGUAUCAGACUACACCCCUUUAUCGCUGGCAGCGUCCGGCGGUUACGUCAACAUCAUUAGGCUUUUACUACACCACCAGGCGGAGAUAAACUCUCGCACGGGCUCGAAGCUGGGCAUCUCGCCGCUGAUGCUGGCGGCCAUGAACGGGCACACGGCGGCCGUGCGACUGCUGCUCGACUGCGGCUCCGACAUCAACGCGCAGAUCGAGACCAACAGGAACACGGCCCUCACGCUCGCGUGCUUCCAAGGUCGUCACGAGGUGGUGAGCCUUCUGCUGGACCGCAAGGCGAACGUGGAGCAUCGCGCCAAGACCGGCCUCACGCCCCUCAUGGAGGCGGCCAGCGGCGGAUACGUGGACGUGGGCCGCGUGCUGCUCAACAAGGGGGCCGACGUCAACGCGCCGCCCGUGCCCUCCUCCAGGGACACGGCCCUCACCAUCGCGGCCGACAAGGGGCACAUCAAGUUCGUGGAGCUGCUGCUGCACAGGCAAGCGGCGGUGGAAGUGAAGAAUAAAAAAGGCAACUCCCCACUAUGGCUGGCCGCUAAUGGCGGCCAUCUAACUGUAGUAGAGAUGCUGUACGCUGCCGGUGCAGACAUCGACUCCCAAGACAAUAGAAAGGUCUCUUGCCUUAUGGCCGCUUUUAGAAAGGGCCACACCAAAGUAGUCAAAUGGAUGGUAGGAGUCGUAACGCAAUUCCCAUCCGACCAGGAAAUGACAAGGUACAUCUGUACGAUUUCGGACAAGGAACUACUGGAAAAGUGCCAGGAAGGCGUACGCGUGAUCCGCGCCGCCAAAGAAACGCAGGCGGCGCGCGCCAACCAGAACGCUACCAUAUUGCUCGAAGAACUGGAGACGGAGCGGUGCAGGGAACACAGUCGCCGCCAGGCCGCUGCCAGGCGACGCGAGCGCAAGAAGAAGAAGAAGAUGGAGAAGAAGGAGGAGCGCCGUAAAUUGCAGGCGGAGAACGACAAGAACUCCAUGUACAGCGAGAAGGCGCUCGGAGACUCGGAGGGCGGCGAGCCUGACGACGAGCCCGCGGCCAAGGAGGAGGGCGACUCCGGCAUCGACGCCAACUCGCAGGGCUCGUGCUCGUCGUCGGACGUGAAGGCGCCGCCGGCCCCCAGCGCUAAGAGCAAGAAGAAGAAGGCUGACAAGACCCCCGCCCAGCCCUCGGGCCCACACUCGGGCCCACACCCGGCCCCACACUCGGCCCUCGCCGGGCCCGCGCUGCCGCACGCCCUCCCCUCUGCACCCAGCAAUAACAAACUGGAUAAAAACAAACCCAAACUAGACACAAAAGCUGACAAGGACAGUCCCCCCAAGAGCGAGAAGAAGGAGAAGGAGAACGUGGCGCCUUCAACCGCGUCCGCGCCCGCCACCGCUCGUGGCAGAGACAAGCCCCAGCCUGCCACGCUAAAACCUGAAGAGGAUAACCCUAAGAGCAUAACAGUACAGAAUAGUAAUAAAUAUGGGAAUAACUCUAGAAAGAGUCAAGUGUUCGAAUCCACUCGGCACAAUGUGGAUAAAGACGAGUUUGACGCGUUCGACAAAUGUAAAAAGACUGCCAAGUAUCAAUGCGUUGGUGAAAUGGAAGGCAAGAGUACAUCACCGAAGGGUGCGAGCGGAGCCGGGGGCGGGGGCGGGGGCGGGCGGCGCGAGGACGGCUGGAAGGAGGUGGUGCGCAAGUCCAGCGUGCAGGCACUCUCCGCCCUCGAGCCGGGUUGCAAGAAAGUAUCGGUGGCGUCACACGCCAUCUCCCGCGUGAUCGGGCGCGCCGGCAGCAACAUCAACGCCAUCCGCGCCGCGACUGGAGCACACAUCGAGGUCGACAAGCAGGGCAAGGGGCAGGGCGAGAGGAUCAUCACCAUCAAAGGGUCAAGCGAGGCGACACGGCAGGCGGGCGCGUUAAUCGCGGCCAUGAUCCGCGACCCCGACGCCGACAUCGCGGCGCUGCUGCCCCCCACCGCCGCGCCCCCCACCGCCGCGUCCGCGUCCGACCGCGCGCGACCCGAGCCCGCCGCCACCGCCGCGCCCGCGCGACCCAAGCCCGCCGCGCCCGCCUCCAAGCCCGCCAAGCCGGCGCCCUCCAAGAGCGGCAGCAGUGUCGGCAACACAUCAGGCACUUCGAGUACAGCGGGCGUAAGCAGUCGCAGCACGCCACCCGCGCGCGCGCCCGCUUCCACCGCGUCUAGUGCCGCGCCCGCCGCCGCUACCAAACACCACGUCGCGCCCCGGCCGGCGCCCGCGCGGCUGCAUGGAGGCGUCGGGUCGGGCGAAAAGCGCACGCCUUGCGGCGGCGGCAGCGUCAGCGGGACGGGUGCGCUGUCGUACACGGGCGCCAUCGUCGGCGCGCGCGCACAUACGUUCGCCGCCAAGCUGACGGCCGCGCCCGCGCCCGCGGCCGCACCCGCGCCGCCGCCCACACUCGGCACCGCGGCAGACCUCAAGCCCAGGCACCAGGCGCAGGCGCAGGCGCAGGAACUGAAAAGCUUCGACAAGCAAGGUGCCCGCGACUGUUCCCCCACACGAUGCGACGACGAAGCCUCUGUCCGCAACACGCCCGACCGCACGCUGCAGCUGAGCCCUGAUAAUACUGGCACAUGGAAUGCAAAUGACGAGAACACCUCCAAUCCUUCCGCAGCCCUCCACAUCAACACCAACCCGCAGACAAGCGGGACGGGCAGCAGCGGCAGCGGCGGAGGCGGGGCCCAGGAAUACUCGCUGUUUAAGGAAUUACCUGCGGCCGGGGGCAGCGGCAUGUGGGGCGCGCCCGACGCGCAUCACAACGUGGAUGUGCCGCCCCCGCAGGCGGACGCGAGCAAGGCGCCGGGGUACCGCGGCGGCGGCUGCAGCCCGUGCUCGCGCGCGUCGUCGCACGGCAGCACGCCGCCCCCGCACGCGCAGCACGCGCAGCACGCGCCGCACGUGCAGCACGCGCCGCACGCGCCGCCCAUCGCGCAGCACGCGCAGCACGCGCAACACGCACAGCACGCGCAGCAGCCCUACCACCAGCCGAUGCCGCGCGGCACCAACGUCAACACAAUUGAUAUGACUGCACUAUCACGGAAUGGAACUAUCUACCAAGACAACUCCCGGAAUGGACACAACAUGAUGGUAUCGAUGCCGAGCGGCGUGUCGAUGGGAGGCGCCGCCCUGGGCCUGAGUUACGUGGGCGUGGGCGGCGUGGGUGGCGUGGGCAGCGUGGGCGUGGAAGGAGUGUCUCGUUUAAACCCACGGGCACCAGACUUUGCCCAGCGACAUCCACUGAUGCACAAACACAACCCACAGAUGUACAGCGGCGGAAGUAAUGUCUGCAGCGGCGGCAGUGGCAGCGGGCUGGGCACGCUGCUGCAGAUGUACCAACCUGCCGCACACAAGCCGCAUACUCUACACGUAUACCAGUCCCUAUUAGAGCAGCGCGGCGUGCAGCCGUCUCCGUCCGGCGCGGGCGGUAACGGCGGCGGCGCGGCGGGCUGCUGGGGCGAGGAGGAGGAGCGCAAGCCCAGGCCCAUCGGCACCGAGCGCGCCUGGAAGCUCACCGCCGCCGACGACUGGCAGCAGCUGCAGCUGCAGCACCACCUGGCCGGCGCCGACCACGACCGCGCGCGAUACCAGGCGAGCAUGGGCGUCCCUCACGAGCUGCGCCUAGACGGCGCGUACGGCGCGGGGGCCGCGGUAGGCACGGCAGCGGGCGCGGGGGCCGGGGCGGGGGCCACGGCCGCGGCCCUGAGCCUCAUGCACGCGCUGCCCCUGCACUACCUGCCGCCCGCCCCCGCGCCCGCCCCCGCGCCCGCCCCGCCCGCGCCCGCCCCGCCCGCCCCAGCGCCGCCCGCCCCCGCGCCCGCGCACCACUGGGAGCCCGCGCACCACCACCCCGACCAGCAAACUUGGAGCAAAUGGAGCCACUAAAGGCGACGGCGAAGGAGCGGCGCCGCACUGCCGACCGCCUUACGCCGCCCGCGCCCGCGCCACUAUCCGACGAGGAUUAUGUAUUAAUUGUAACCCUUGGAAACGGUGUAGAUAUUAGUGAGAAAGAUUAUAUUAUACAGAUUAUCUAUAUACAUAAUAGAGAAAAUGUCCUAUCGAGAAAAUAACUACUUAUACUGUACGAUCGACUGAAGUGAGCAUUAAACGAUUGAUUAUAAUGAAACUCGUGAGGGGAGCGGCUUGUAGUUUUAUUUGCGGCGCGCGGCCGAUGAGAUCGCCGCCUCGCCGCUGUUGUCCGCUGCCCGCUGUCCGCAUCCGGCGUACUGUUUUACACUAUAUUAUGGCAUAAUACGAUAUUGAUUUGGACGGUCGAUAUGCUCGCAGAUCGAGACGGAUUAUUAAACGUGUAUUAAUAAAUUUGCUUGUACAUGAAGAUUAAAUAUCAUAUAUUGAUGCACUGUAUCCACUGGUGUUUUUAAUAAUACCACCUGUUUUCAGAUAACUCUUUUUUAAUAGGUUUAUUUGGGUAACUUGUAUAUUUAUAAGUAAAUUAUUAUUAUUGAAGACUUUGUCUCGAAUAUUAUAAAACAACAUAUGCGGUAAGUUGUAGGCAAAUAAACCGUUGUCAAAUAUUACUCGUUGUGUUCUUGAGUAGGGCAUGACUUCUUGUACUGCGCAUGGGUGCGGUGCAUACGGGGUAUCAGUGAAAGCUCAUUUGUAAGAACGAAUAAUUAACCUGUAUUAAAAAGAAAUCGGUUAUCGUAGAGAUUUCUGGAACUUUCUAUAAUUAAAAAUACCGUUCGCUUGUCAAAAUGAGAAAGAAAACACUAAGCUCAUUACAGAUGGCGUUGAAUUCGUCAGUCCCGUUUUGGGAUUUUCUUACGAAAUUCUAUAAAAUAGUCUUUUCAGUUUUUAUAAUAAAAGUAAAUCAACUGCAAGGCUAAGAGCUCACGGCGCGAUUUUCUCCAACGGCCGCCGCUGAUGUGGGACCGCAACUCGUACUGAAUGUGAAAUUGCAGUUAUAACGCAAAAGCAAAACCCACAGCGCAAUUUGCGACCGCAUAACGCGCGGGUGCCGAAAAAACUGCUCCGUUAGAUCUUAACUGAAUACUAAGGCUCGUAUUACAGAAUGACAACUAAAUGUUGAUCUUUUCUUGAGUACAGUUAGAAGGGGAUGUCGGUAAGUGUUAUAUAUAGCGACAUCCCUAUCUAACUAUGCUCAAGACUAGAUCAAUCACUGAGAAUCUUUCUAUAAUGCCUAUGACAUAAAUUGAAGAGAUGCGAGGAGAACGCCAAAGGAUCGUAAAGUGGACCUAGUCGAUAGGCAAGUAGCGCGGUAAUUUAAACUAGAAAACAAGCUUUUUGACGUAAUAACGUCUUAUAGAUAAACACCGGUUGCGUGCUCGAAAGAGUGUGACGUCAUGUCACGUUGUCACGAGUUGGUUCAACGUUCCGCGCUGUGUGCAAGGUCGAGUGGUUUUUUAAAUUAAAAUGUUGCGUUUUUUUUGGUAGUUUUUUAAAUGUAAAAUCGGAUUUAACUUCGUACACAGACAUCGGUGUCUAUAGGCAUCAUGAAUCUCUUAACUUAAAACUAAAAUUUACACCCAGUCUCUCCUUUUCAUUCUGUAUAUGGAAUGACAAGGAUACAUGUUGACAAAAAAUAAUUUUAGGUUUAGAGAAUCAUUCCAGAAUCGACACCGUUCUCUGUAGGGACUAUCCAAAUCUAAAUUUUAUUGUUAGUGUUUGGUAACUUCCACAAAAGCGUACAAUGCACUGUAUAAAAUAAAAAUCGCUAAUCAUUUAAAAUUAACUUUAAUUAA